AGGCGGAUGUUUCCGGUGCUCCAUUACGUCAUUGGCGGCCUCGACCCCGAGAAGCUGUACCACGUGUACGUGGACAUGGUGGUGGCAGACAGCAGCCACUGGAAGUUUCAAGGAGGGAAGUGGAUCUCGUGUGGGGCGGCCGAGCCCCUACCAGCAGGUCAGUUUGACACAGAGCUCAGGGUGACUUGAACCAACUUUUAACAAUGACUGAUCUAAUUUUUUUUUGCUCAGACCAGUUCGGUGAAAGACCCUGGUACUAACACACUCGACAUCAUUCAUUAUGAUUAUCACUGACGGUUUCUUAAAGGAAGAGGACACCACGGUCCCGUAGGCGGUAUGACAUUGACACUAUGAAAAUUCCUGCGUGACAUGGAAAGAGUACAAAAUUCAGUGAGACACAAGAAAAAUUUCUAGUUCAUCUACUUCUUCCUGUACUAUUUCCAGUCGUCUUGACUGGAUCGAAUAGGCAAGGGCGAGAACAAUGGGCUGACAAAUUGAGCAACAAGCUUAUAUUUUUAGAUAAAAUCAAGUUAACCUUUUAGCGAGUUUAAUAAUGAUUUUUUUCUCUUAGGAUUUUGAGAGGUUAAAGUUCUUGAAUUGAUAAAAUUGUUUCCCUUCCAUCAUUAUUUUCCAUUCACAGCUAUUAUUACUUUGAAUUAUUUCCUCUAAUCUAUAAUCGAAAAUUUUGAAUGUUUCCACAAUUUUGUCAGUUUAUACACGUGUCCAAUGCCGCAUAUUUAUAAAAAUGCGAUUCGAACAAUGUUUUCAAUGAAUUUUUUCCAAGAUAUUACUUUUAGCGACUUUUUAAUUCUCAGCAGUUUUACCGCUUAAGUUAAAUAACGAUGGAGACAAACACACAAAAACUUGUAAACAAUAAAUCCGGCCAUGACGAUAAACGAUAUUUUUGAAAUCUUCAUAAUCCUUAGCAAUAUUUCAAAUAUGUAUAAUUUAUUAAAUCUUGGGAAAUAUAAUUUUUUGUUGCAGAUAGAAUCUAGACAAAACAAAACUAAACAACAACUAAAACAUUACUAAGUAUAAUGUGACCUCGAUUUGAAGAGAUACAAUCGACCCCUGACCCUGUUCAAUGGUCAUCCCGUCGGUCAGCACUUCUAAAAUCUAUUCCGCCCCUUUGUCAACUCGUCCAUGAUAACACCGUCGACAACUCUAGCGCUAAUUUGUCUUUUCUUGUAGCACCGGACUUUCAUCCAUUCUAAAAUUAGCUGACUGUCAAAGGAAUGGCACCCACCUGACCAACCUGAAGGGUCGCUCAGACCAAUCAGAGCUUUCAACUGACCAAACGGACAUUGUCAGACCAAUGAGAGCUAUUAUCACCUCUCGUUUCGUAUCCGUCCAAAGGAACAUCAUUUAAAAUGGCGGCACAUCGUUCGUCUUUGUUUAGACUUAAAUCCCCUUUACUCACUUAGUUACAUUUGUUAAUUUAAUUGAUUAUUUCCCCUUGCCUGAGAAGUACCUCAAUAAAAAUAACAUACGAUAUUGUAUUCCCCAAUUAAAAGAUGUGGAAUGGUGUUAUUUGUAAAAAAAAUAAAGAUAUUAAAAAAUUCACCAGCAGAGAGGGCCCACUUGCCGUUAUGCCAGCUGACACCCUGGCCUGUCCGCUAUGGCCUUAAAUUUCACCAAAUUAUUGAGAUACCUAGAUUGUAAAUUAACCACGCAGUUAUUUGCAUUGAGUAUCUCAAAAAUUGGGCUCAAAACACAUUUUGAAAUCGCUGGUUUUCCAAGUUUAGUGUUUAAAUUAUUCUUCAACAUUGGAAACACUUACGCACUUAAUGCUAUGUAUGGCCACACCACCAUACGACCGUUAGACAUUGAUCUGUCUACUAUGAAAAUAAAUUGUAUUUUCAAUUCACAGAUCCAAUAGUUUUUUUUGUUUUAAAUUGCUUUUUGCCAUAACUAAUCACUGAUCAUUCUUUCUCCCCGCCCUCUCUUCGCCGACACCACGACUCUCAACAGAAGGGAGAGUUUACCACCACCCCGACUCCCCCAACACUGGCGCCCAUUGGAUGAAGCAAGACCUGAGUUUUGGCAAACUCAAACUGACCAACAACAAGAGCUCCAAACAGAAACAGGUGAUCCCCACACCCCCCCAUCCCACACACCCCAACCACCCCACACACCUUUCGACCCCACACACGCCCACCCACACAACCCCUUCCACACACGACUAUAUCUGUGGUUAUCAAUAAAUUGUCUUAACCUUGCAAACCCGGAUAGAAAAAAAAAGCAUCACCAAAACCAAAUGAUUACAAGGCAAACACAAGCUGUUUUAAAAGACGAACUCACUUCCAUGAAAUGUGGAGUUGGACUCCAUGAGUUAAUCCUCCAACCAGCCAAAGGGCUUUUGACACCAUUCUGUCCUUUCCAAUCUGAAUCUCGCAACAGCUAUUUAAAAAAAAAAUAUUAUUGUUAAAGCGAAAUUCCACACAAUUUUGUUACAUUAAAAUGCCAUCCUAAGACCAAACUUGAUAAUAUAUGUUACGUCGUUAAAGUCCCAUGAACCAGGUUAUAUAACCAUUUGAUUUGAACUAUUACUCGUAUAUUUAUAAAAACUUACAAGGCCCAUGAUGUGUAUCUAAUAGAAAGUUAUUUUUAAAUAUAAGAAUUUAAUUUAUGUUAUGUCCCCAUUUGAUUAUUUCCCCUGCUUUUUUUUUUUAAUCGCUCGACUCAAAAUUUUGUGGGUGUCUAUCUUUACGUUGGUAUAAUAAUAUGUUUAUGUAAGCCAGGACAGCGCAGAAUCAUACUUUUUCAAAAUUAUAUGCUUAUUUGACUGAUGUCCCCUGACUUAAGUGGAUGUGAUUCGUCACUCAAGCUCUGCCCCUGAAGCCCAAGGUGCAGCUUCCAUGCCGGACCAAAGAGUCAAAUUUGCUCAGUAGGAGCGCUUGUGAUCAAUUCUCGGCAACUGGCCGAUAUUUAAGUUCAAAUAGUUUUUUUUUCCCUGCGUUGACGUAUGACGUCACAGUUUACCGUGUGUCCGUCCACAGAUCAUCCUGAACUCCAUGCACCGGUACCAGCCUCGCAUUCACAUCACCGAGGACGCCGGCCAAGGGCAGCAAGGGGAGGUCAUCAUCGCCCACGGCUUCGUCGUGACGCAGUUCAUAGCAGUCACCGCCUACCAGAACACGGAUGUGAGUUGUGCGUGUUGUCAUGGUGAUGCUGGUGGUCAGAGGGAUGGGGGGGAUAAGUGAGUGGUUUACACAGUUUCCUGCGCAUAUCCAGGGAACACACACCCAGUGGUGGAUCCAGGGAACACACACUCGGUGGAGGUUCCAUAUAACGUCUCAUGGGCGUCAUACUUUUGUUUUAUAUUAGAUUAUACAACAACAAAAAAAGACCAAAUGGGUAUUUAAGCAGCCUAAAUUAUCUAAAGCAUGCAUCACUAAUUCGUUAUGAAAUAGUUCUAUACACUUCACAAUAGUCUGCAAAUGCACCAUGUUCCCAUGUACAAGACAUAUAAUCAUACAUAAAUAAAAUAUGUAUAACUCACACGUUCACGUGCACUCACUGCAUAUUUAUUUCUAUUUACAUUUCGUAAAUCUUGCUGCACGCAUCCCAUGUUCCUUUUCACGCACCACAUAACCCUACAUAACAUAGUCCUAAACGCCCAUCACAUAUUCAGAAGUAACAUUUACAUUUUACCAUCACGUAUUUCUAUAGGACAUCACAUAUUCCUAUGUACCAAUCACACAUUCAUAUGCAGUAUACACUAAUUAAAUAUUACUAUGUAACCAUCACAUAGCCAUAUGUUCAAAGGACAUCUUUCUUUGUAUAAUUUAUGCACAAAUAGUCUAUUCUACGCUACACCAUGUUUUCAGAUCACCGACUUAAAAGUCAAAUUUAACCCUUACGCUAGAGGGAUGCAAGAUAAAACCAACAGGUAACCUCCCCUGAAUUAAAUUCGUAGAAAAUAAUAACACCCGAUUUACCUCUAACAUUUCAAAGUGUUUGAACAACUAACUCUAUUACUAUUAUUAACCGUGAAAAUAAAAAAACACCACCACACUAAAGUAAGAAAAUUGCUAUUGAAAUUAACCCCCCCAAAAAAAACCCAACAAUUUAUUUAACAAAAACUAGCUUUAAAACUUACUUAAUAACACGUUUUUUAGGGGGGGGGGAGGGGGUUGGUGGUGGGGGUGGUUUGAGUGAUUUACCUAAAAUUUAUUUUCCUUCUAGUGUUGCGAAUUCCCUUUAUGUGUUCCAUUCAUUGACACACAUCUUUAAAAAAAAAAAUGUAUACUGGAUGAAGUAACACAAAUUUUAUUUGGAGAAACUACAAUUUCCUCUUGUCAAGCUUCAACGAAUUAAAUAUGUCUCCCGAUGACGUCUUGCACCGAAAUUCAUAACGUCAUUUCCAUUAUUGCUAUCAUAGAAAUAUUUGCUGUUGCAAUUUUCACUUUCUCACUUCUACCAGCAAUUUUAAAAAUUAAACUAUUCCCUUUUUUUUGCCCCACGCUCAAAGUUUUGUAACCCUUUUAAAUCAAUUCUUUCAAACUGAAUUGAUUUAAAAGGAAUAUAAAACUUUAUUUUUCAUUGUUUCACAUUUUGUUUAGUGAUAGAUACACUUUUUAUGCACUAAUCUGUCUCAAUUUAUGCACUAACAUCUCUUAAUUGCACUAAUAUGCCUCGUUUGAUGCUCUUAUAUGCCUCGUUUGAUGCUCUUAUAUGUCUCAAUUGAUGCUCUUAUAUGUCUCAAUUGAUGCUCUUAUAUGUCUCAAUUGAUGCACUAAUAUGUCUCAAUUGAUGCACUAAUAUGUCUCAAUUGAUGCACUAAUAUGUCUCAAUUGAUGCACUAAUAUGUCUCAAUUGAUGCACUAAUAUGUCUCAAUUGAUGCACUAAUAUGUCUCAAUUGAUGCACUAAUAUGUCUCAAUUGAUGCACUGAUAUGUCUCAAUUGAUGCACUAAUAUGUCUCAAUUGAUGCACUAAUAUGUCUCAAUUGAUGCACUUAUAUGUCUCAAUUGAUCCACUAAUAUGUCUCAAUUGAUGCACUAAUAUGUCUCAAUUGAUGCACUAAUAUGUCUCAAUUGAUGCACUAAUAUGACUCAGAUGAUUCACUGACAAAACAAACUAAAGACAACCUUCCCCAGAAAAUACAAUCAAAGCACUUCUAGUCAUGGUGAUUGUGUUGAUAAGUAAAAAAAAAAAAAGAGUUUUUUUCAGAUAACACAGCUAAAAAUAGACCAUUAUCCUUUUGCCAAAGGUUUUCGGGAUGGUUUGGACAGGUAA